GUGGUGUGGCCAGUGUCAGACCAACCUUGCAGCUGAAGGCAAGUCACUGAGUUUGCCCAGAAUUGUCUUGUGACCAAUUAAUUGACUGCUACCUAAUCUCCAGCUAGGGAGCACAGAAGGAGUGAGUCAGACCAAGCUGCUCAACCUGUUGAGUGUGUCGUCUCUCACCGACUGAAGUAAGAGCUUGGGAACCAAAGUAGGAAAUGGAAGUGGGGCAGUGUUUGGGUUGGGUUCCUGAGGGCGUGUUGCAUAAGGACAAGGAUGCGUCUGACUUCCCAAUUUGUUGGCGCGCUUGUUUUACAUAACCAAUCGGUGUGCUCUUUCUUUGUGAACUCCUGGGAGAGGAAAGCAGCAGGCUGCUUGGGGGAGCAGCUUGGCUCGAUGCUGUAGGGUGAGCAGAGAUCCUGUUUGCUGUGGACUGUUGUUCAGCUGACAAAGGAACUGGAGGGUUUGUGUCCAGGUGCAUGUUGGAGGUCCGGGUAAACCGCAGAAGAGAUGUGUGGCGGCACAGCCAAGACCACGAGCCGGCCGGGGGCGUGGCAGGACUCAGCCCGAAGUGUCCACAGCGUGGUCUCCGGGGCCGGGCGGAUUUGCAAGACUCUGUUACACAGCAGGAUUCGCAAAGGUGCCGGAAGUGACAGCGAUCACAAGGAGCUGCACAGCAGUUGGUCGUGCUCAGAGUUUGAGCUGAGUGACAUUCGCCUGAUCGUUUACCAGGACUGUGAGCGGCGGGGCAGGCAAGUCUUGUUCGAUUCCAAAGCCGUCCUCCAGACUGAGGAGCUAGCAGCUCAGAAACCAGAGGAUGUCCUUAUGCAAAUGUCAGCCAGGUGCUGCCAGGGAAACGGCAGCGCCAGCAGCAGCGUCAGCAGCAGCAGCGGCAUCUCCUCCCAAAGUUCCUUCGGGGGAUCCCUACCGCACGCCAAGGAGCAGCUUCCAAAGUACCAGUACACAAGGCCGGCUUCAGACGUCAACAUGCUAGGGGAAAUGAUGUUUGGCUCUGUUGCCAUGAGCUACCAAGGCUCCACCUUAAAGAUACACUACAUGCGUUCUCCUCCACAACUGAUGAUCAGUAAAGUGUUCUCUGCCAGAAUGGGCAGCCUCUGUGGAAGUACAAAUAACUUGCAAGACAGCUUUGAAUACAUCAACCAAGAUCCUAAUUUGGGAAAAAUGAACACACAUCAGCAUGGCCUGGGUCCUUGUCGCACUGCCAGUAACCUAGGUCUCCUGCAGGCAUGCUGCGGCAAGCUGCUGCAGGGGGUAGCUGAAGGUGGACCCCUCCGCCUCACCCGGAGUGCUUCUUUCUUUGCAGCUCACAGCACACCAGUCGAUAUGCCAAGCAGAGGGCAGAAUGAAGACAGGGACAGUGGCAUUGCUCGAUCAGCCUCCCUCAGCAGCCUUCUCAUCACACCCUUCCCGUCUCCGAGCUCGUCCACGUCAUCCUCCAGCAGCUUCCAGCGCCGCUGGCUGCGCAGCCAGACAACGAGCCUGGAGAAUGGCAUCGUUCCCAGGAGGUCAACUGAUGAGACAUUCAGCUUGGCUGAGGAAAGCUGCAGCUCCAACCCGGCCGUGGUGAGGAGGAAGAAGAUCGCCGUGAGCAUCGUCUUCUCCCUGUGUGAGAAGGAAGAAGCACAGAGGGAUUUCCAGGACUUCUUUUUUUCUCACUUCCCCCUGUUUGAGUCUCACAUGAACAGGCUGAAGAGUGCAAUCGAGAAGGCCAUGAUAUCCUGUAGGAAGAUCGCAGAGUCCAGCCUCCGGGUCCAGUUCUAUGUCAGCCGUCUGAUGGAAGCUCUGGGAGAAUUCAGGGGGACUAUCUCAAACUUGUAUUCUGUUCCAAGGAUAGCUGAACCCGUGUGGCUUACCAUGAUGUCCAGCACUUUGGAAAAAACUCAACUCUGCCAGCGCUUCCUCAAGGAGUUCACACUUCUGAUAGAACAAAUGAACAAAAACCAAUUUUUUGCUGCCUUACUGACUGCUGUGUUAACCUACCACCUGGCCUGGGUCCCGACCGUCAUGCCUGUCGACCACCCUCCCGUGAAAGCCUUCUCCGAGAAACGCACCUCGCAGUCGGUGAACAUGCUGGCCAAAACACACCCCUACAAUCCUCUCUGGGCACAGCUGGGUGACCUGUACGGCGCCAUUGGCUCACCAGUGAGGCUGGCCCGCACCGUGGUGCUAGGCAAGCAGAAGGACCUGGUCCAGCGCAUACUCUACGUCCUGACCUACUUCCUCCGCUGCUCAGAGCUGCAAGAGAACCAGCUGAGCUGGUGCGGGGAUCACAGCGCAGGAGACCAAGUUUUAAACGGGAGCAAGAUCGUGACAGCUUUGGAGAAGGGCGAGGUGGAGGAGUCCGAGUAUGUGGUGGUCACCGUGAGGAACGAGCCUGCUCUGGUGCCGCCCGUCCUGCCUUCAGCCUCGACGGAGAGUAGGAACGCUGGGUCUGCGGGGGUGCUGGAAACACCGGAGGCUGCGGACAGCAGAGAGCUGGGUCCCAGGCCGGACCAGGCAGGAAGCGCGGGUUCCGAAGACUGUGGCGUGGGACGCCCCAAGGAAGCAUUCGUAGACAACUCUUGGAGUUGCAGAGCUCAGGAAGAUGCAGAAGAGGCGCCAGAGGCUGACUCUGUACUCCUGUCCAGCUGUGAAGUUCUGGGGGCUGGCGUGAAGACAGCCCACCCAGCUGUCUGUGAGGCCCGAGCAGAGUUGCCCCAGAAGCUGCCGGACUGCUCGGCGGCCUGGCCUUGCCCUGACACCCGUUCCCGGCAGCAGCCUCUGCUUGAGAAGGUCACGUUCCACAUCGGAAGCUCUGUGUCACCAGAGUCUGACUUGGAAAGCCGAGCCCAAAGUGUGGAGGCGCGGCUAAGGACCUGCGGGCAGCUUCCGGAGGCAGCCCAUGGUGCCCUGGCCGCGGGCACGGUGGCCGCUGAUGAGGUCCGGGACCAGCCAGCUUCCAGGGACUCCUCCAGCCCUGGUGCGGGGAACAGUGCCUGCUGUCCUCAGACUGGCUGCUGUGGGGGAGCCAGCGGGGAGCCUGGCAGGGCCUGUGCAGAGCAUGGAGGCGUGAGAACCGAGGCGGCAGCAGAUGCUGCUGGGUGCCUGGGCUUUGCUCCCGACACCCUCGCACCUUCUGGCAGUAUGGCAGCCACCGGAAGGGGGGCUCUGCAGAAAGCCGGGGAUUUGUGUGUUAAAGGCGAGGAAAGACCUUGGAUAGAGCCUGUUCCGAGCCGGGGUGAGCAACAGGACUCCGGCUUCUCGGGGGCUGCUCAUGUUCCCCUUGGGGAUGUCCCCGGGAAGGGCCACACGAGGACAGCAGGACACCUCCCCAGAAACGAAAGCUCGGACAGCGCCCUUGGGGACAGUGGUGACGAAGCAGGUGCUGGAGCCGCGCUGGACCUGGGUCCCAGUGUGGAUAGCACUGAAGGGGCCCCGGAGGUGGAGCUUCCUCUGCCCAGGUCGCAGACCAUCAGCAGCCAGAAUGUCAGGAACUUUGGCCGCUCGCUUCUGGCAGGCUACUGCCCCACGUACAUGCCCGACCUCGUGCUUCACGGCACCGGCAGUGAUGAGAGGCUCAAGCAGUGCCUGGCAGCUGAUCUGCUCCACACGGCACAGCAUCCCGUGCUCGAUGAGCCAAUAGCAGAAGCCGUCUGCAUUAUUGCAGACACAGACAAGUGGAGCGUCCAGGUGGCCACGAGUCAGAGGAAAGUGACGGACAGCAUGAAACUGGGCCAGGACGUCUUGGUCUCCAGUCAGGUGUCCAGUUUGCUUCAGUCCAUUUUACAGCUUUACAAGCUUCACCUCCCUGCGGACUUUUGCAUCAUGCAUCUUGAAGACCGGCUACAAGAAAUGUACCUUAAGAGUAAAAUGCUCUCCGAGUAUCUUCGGGGACACACCCGAGUCCACGUGAAAGAAUUGGGGGUCAUCCUGGGGAUUGAAUCCAACGACCUGCCUCUGCUGACAGCUAUCGCCAGCACGCACUCUCCUUACGUGGCUCAAAUCCUCUUAUAAGCUAAAGCUCAGGACAGUUUUCUUCCUUGGAAGGAAAAAAAAAGUUAAAUUUCUCAGCUGAAGGAGAAAGGAGUAAGCCGUGUGACACCCAAAGCAUCCAGCGCCAACAGCAGCCGUUCCCACGCCCUGGGGGAUUGCGCUUCCGCACAGGAGCUCAGCUUUAUUGGACAGACACGCCUCGGUGAUCCCUGGGAGCACGGUGGGCCCUUGGAGCCAGGGAUCCCCAGGAAUGAAGACACAGGAGCACUACCCCGAACACUAAGCUGUGGAUACAAGCGGCCUGGGGCAGAGUGGGAACAUGGCCGGGGAGCUGGGCACCAGCGGGCAUACCUCACAUUCCAGGAGAGCAGGUCGGAGCUGCCUUUCUGCAAAGGGUGACAUGAAGAAAUCUUCCUGGUUCCCCCACUAGCCGCCCUGCCUGCUGCCAGCUGCUGUCGUCGCUCUGCUGCAGGGACCCACUCUCCCCUCGUUUGGCGUUCACACGGAGCCAGGGGCAGGCCGGGGACGGACCACUGGUGCAGUGUACUCAGUGUAGCACCUGAGCCCCGCCACGCCACAGUCGCAGCAGCCCCCUGUGUGCGGUGUGAAACAGUACGAGUGUUUCAUCCUUGCCUUCGGGGCUCUCAGCAGCCUUCCCCGGGGAGGUCCCACACCAAAGUUAAAGCUGCGGAACGCGUCUGCCGUGUCCCCAUUCAGCCGGAGCUCGUCUCUGCUAGAGCGGCGCCCAGAAAGGACCGUCUGCGUUUUGAAAGGCACCGUUGUUCUGGUGGGAGACCUGCAGGAGUUUAGGAAGAUUAUGAAAGCAGCCUGAACAUUUAGCAUGCUCUGCGUACGCUCUCAAUUUUCACAUGAUUGUCGCUGUGCCUUCCGACCCCUGUGAACUCUUCAGAACUUGUUCCCAAAGCCACCCUGGUAUAAAACCUACCAAGUGAACUAUUGCAGCUCACAAAAACCAACGGAGUGGACAUGCGACGGGCUACACGCAGAGAGGCAGGGCCUGCUGGAGCCAACCUCGUGUUAGCUCCGACCAAGUUCUCCUUCUGUGCUAAUGUAUGAAUUCAUUCCAGUUCUUUGCACAUAAUGUGAAGUAACGUCCCAUUUCAGGGUGAGAAUUGGAGAGAAAAGCUGUCACCAAGUCACCUGCACGUCUUUUUGGACGUUGAAGUUACCCGUUUCAAAGGGAGCUCCAGCACUCCAAAAAGACAGGCAUCAUAGAACCUUUCCCUCUUCUGCUAUGGUGCAAGAUACAGACUGAUGGACCACACAGAAGUUUCCCGUUUUCUGUGCUCUGCCCAUCUCCCUUGCCUGACCUUCGAGCCUGGCAUCGUUGGGUCCUGCAGCCCUGGGUCACCGCUGCUUGCUGUCGCGUUCCAGAGAACGAAGCUCGCUCGCCUGGCUUCAGCUCGCCGAGCUCUCCUUACCUCCCGAAGACACCUGCAGCGCCGGCGUUCAGCUCUCCAUCCGCUCCCGCGGGAAGCAUUCCUCCCACCUGCCCGGCAGCCCUCGUCUUUGUUUACACGUUCUAGGCGUUUUGCCUGCUUCACCACUGUCCAGGGGUCAUUAAAGAAGAAAAUCUCACUACACAACGUGCUCGUCGCAGUAUGUUGAAGAUCAGACCCAUGUAGGGAAAAACAGAGCUUCAGCUCACAGCGGAUCGUAAGACUGGACACCCGAAGCAUGUGUCCUGGCCUGCCCCUCCCCAGCAGCCUGGGACGGCAUCAUCCUAAUAUUCCACAAUGCUCAGAGAAGCGUCUGAUGGGAAGCGCAGGUGGGUCACGAGGAGGCUGAGCCACAGCCAGGAUUCCAGCCGACCCUGAUCCUGCUGUGUGCAAAGACAGCUCGAGAUCGUCGCUGCUCUUUUGCAGUCCUCCGUCUCAACACUCGAGGCUGAAAUGGAGACUUCCCACAAGCCAAAAACACCUUCAUGGCAUCGUUGAAACGCACCCGCUCACACAGCUCAGCUGCAGAAAGCGAGCUGACCCGGCCGUGUGCCCCACCUCAAGAAAAAGAAAAUUCUAAUAAAAAAGGAUCUACCUCAGGAUUCCACCUUCAGGGUUUCUUCAACCUUCAGUCUUACCUGUUGAGUGUCACUUCUGUAGCUUCUUGCUUUCCCAGGCAAGCUGGUGCAGCAUGAUGGAGCAGACGCCCGUGCCUGCGACAGGCCGCCUCGUGCACGUUGCAUUUGGAACAUUCACCAGUGGUAUGAGUGUAAGGUAGCCGCGUGUGUUUUCAACAUGACAAUGAAAAAAUGUAGUUUCCAUACUUGUGCGUAAUUCCAAAGUGGGUUUUUUUUUUUAUCAGUGUUAAAUAGCAUUUUUUUGUACAGGCUUCAAUCCAUUUUUCUGAAGUGUGCUGUUUUUUAAUGAAAAACUAUAAUCUUUUCAUAUGUCAUGGAACUGCCGUUUACACACCACAACUUUUUCAACAUAACCAUAUUUUCAAAAUUAACAUUUUUGGAGGGAGGAAAAUUCCCUGCUUGUUAAACAAUAUUAAACCAUUGCUUGGACUCAGAUCCUGAGAUUUUAUAAAAAUCCAUUCUGUAGCUGUUUUAGGCUCCUAGCUAAGGUUCAUGUACACUUUGGAAUAUAUAUAUAUAUAUCUCCCAGAACUCAUUUGCAUAUCUUUUCACUAAUCUACUUUUUAGAGUUUGUGGAUACUUUCACCAUUUCGCCAUUAAAUGGAAAAAAAAAAUCUUUAGUUUCUCUUGGUUCAUAUAAACCAAUUUUUUUUUUUUGAAAAAUUGGGCUUUGAGGGAGAGAAUAUUUUCAUUUAAUUUUUUGCCUAAAUCAAACAGUAGCCCCCACCCAAAUGUUCAUUUUUAAAUUUCAGAAGUAAGACUACAAAAUGCUUAAAUGUAAAUGUUGGUUACAAUGGAGAUAAAUUGCAAAUGUUACUGAAGUCCCCAGAAUAGAAAUGGAUGGGGCUCUACAGACUUUUGAUCAGCUGAAUGGACACCAGUGUCAAUGUGUGGGCUAUUCACAAUUUGUUCCUGUAUUAUUUUGAUUCAUUUCUCUGGAAUUUGGUGCAAUAAACCUUUUGAAUUUAUCCGCAA